CUCAAAACCUUAAGGUGUCAAAUUAAUGGGUCUCUCAUCUUAUAAACUCCUCACUCUUCCUUGCUUUCUUUGAUGUGGGACUAACUUCAACACUCCUCACACUUGCAACACUAACAACAACUGCACCACCAUAAUCAAGAAUCUCCAAAACACUCUCAACACCAUUGAGAAAAGAGCCUUAGAUGAUUGUCUCAAACUCUUUGAUGACACCAUUGUAGAACUCAACACCACCGUUCUUGAUCUCUCAAAAAAUCCAUCAUCACCAUCGUCAUCAUCUUCCAACCAAGAUUUGCAAACCCUACUAAGUGGGGCAAUGACAAAUUUGUACACUUGUCUUGAUGGUUUCUCACAAAGCAAAAAUGGGAAUGCUGUGAGAGGGUUGAUAGAGGAGAAAGUGAUUGAGAUAUCACAUCAUGUUAGUAACUCAUUGGCAAUGUUGAAGAAAGUGAAGACAAGUUUGAAGAAAGAAGAGGUGUUUGCUGAAUAUGGAACAAUGAAGAAAGGGUUCCCUUCAUGGGUUUCUGCUAAGGAUAGGAAGCUUCUAGAAGAUGGAAAUGUGAAUGAAACUAAGAUUGAUGUUGUUGUGGCUAAAGAUGGUUCUGGAAAUUUUACUACUAUUGGUGAAGCUGUAGUUAUGGCUCCUAAUUCCAGCACAACCAGGUUUGUGAUAUACAUAAAAAGUGGAGCAUACUUGGAGAAUGUGGAAGUAAUUAGAAAGAAGAGUAAUUUGAUGUUUAUUGGAGAUGGCAUUGGAAGGACCAUUGUCAAGGCAAGUAGGAAUGUUGUCGAUGGCUGGACCACUUUUCAAUCAGCUACUGUUGGUUUGAUAACAGUAAAUCAUGUCUGAAGAAGAAAAAAGGGAAUUUGGAUUUGAUGUAAAGGCAAUAGAUUGGAAAGAUUAUAUCACCAAUGUUCAUAUACCAGGUCUAAGGAGACAUGUCAUGAAGGGAAGGGGAAUGGGUAGUUAGUGACUUACUUUGUGCUAUGUAAUCACCUGUCAUAUUCUCCAAAAACUUUUAUGUAUACACACUUUCCCUUGUUACCUUGAACACUAUGAGAGUGUGGUAACAACUUCAACUACAAGGGAAUCUCCAUUAUCCCAUGCUGUAAUUUAUUGGUAUAAUAAUCAU